AUGAGGCGUCUCGAGAUGCAAGGCAGGGAGGGCGUUGGAAAAGACGGGAUGAUGUCGCGAAGCGAGUCGACGGUCAGCCGGUGUACACCGCAUACACCACUCGGCCCCCCAGACUCCGUCAGCGUCGACUCCAAUCCUAUGCCAACUAUAUACCGAUGUCGUGCCCCAAUCGCCUCACUUGAUUGCAUGGAUGAAUUUAGCGCGAACUCACAGCAGAUGCUGGAUCAAGCCGGCGAGAUGAAUAUAUCAAAGCAUAUGUCAGUAUACAUGGGCAACCACACCAGCAUGCCAUCAGCGGUCACUCCUGGUCUUCGGUACAAAAAUUUAGGCAAGUCAGGCUUGAGGGUACCAAAUAUUGGUCUGGGGUUGUGGACGAUGCUGAACGAGGAUUGCGCUGAAGAUAUCAUUAUGACUGCACUGGAAAAUGGUAUCAACUUGUUCGACUUGUCAGAGGCUCAUUGUGCUAGAGGAGAAGUUGAACUGGGCAGAAUACUUAAAAAGAGAAAUGUAAGACGAACCAGUGUUAUUAUAACAACAAAAAUAUAUUGGAGUACCAAGUUUCCUCAUGCUAACAGGUCAGAUGAAAGGGGUUUAUCUAGGAAACAUAUCAUCGAAAGCGUAAAAGCGUCUUUACAAAGACUUCAAGUAGAAUAUAUAGACGUUGUACUGUUACAUAAAACUGAUCCUGUUUGUCCUAUGGAGGAGUUGGUACGAGCCAUGACUUUUGUAAUCAACCAAGGAUGGGUCAUGUAUUGGGGAACAGCUCGCUGGUCGCCUUCGGAGAUAAUGGAUGCUUACACAAACUGUAGACAGUUCAACUGCAUCACACCUAUAGUGGAGCAAACGGAAUAUCACAUGUUUUGUAGGGAAAAACCAGAACUCUACAUGCCUGAAUUGUAUCAUAAGAUAGGUGUUGGGAUGAUGGCAUGGUCUGCGAUCACAACGGGCAAAGGACUAGGACGUGAAGAAAUAACAGGACUAUUUGCUAAAUCGCGCUUUAAUAGGAAAUAUAGUACAUUCAGUUGGUGUGAAGAAGACCUGGCCGUCCCAGAUGUCAGUGAGAUGCGGAUCUCUGGAAGCAAGGAACAAGUGGCCGGAGAAGAACCACGUACAUAUGGAGACAAGCUUCGCGACCUUGCCAAUCUUGCCACUACAAUGAAUUGCUCAAUGAGUCAACUAGCCGUAGCGUGGUGUCUCAAGAACGAAUCGGUCAACUGCUUACUUCUUGGCGCUACAAGUGUAGAGCAAUUCAAAGAAAACAUCCAUGCUUUGCAGAUUGUGCCACAGCUUACUCCUUCAGUGAUGGUGGAAAUCGAGAGACUCUUGUCGAAUAAGCCUCAAAGGCCACCUAUGGUCUCCACUUUGGCUAUGCGCAAUCAACAAAACAGCAACACAGUCCGAGUGGAUAUGACUGGAGCAUCAACAUCGGCCGCUGGAUCUCCAAAGCCUGAAGAUGCCGGUGAGGGUGAGGUGGCUACUCCCAAUAAGGAUAAAUCAAAGGAAUCACUUAAGGAUAGCAAACCCAAGUUCUUCUUGAAUAAUGCCGGUGAAGUGAUUAGACGUGUAGAACAUGAUGGCGUAUCAACUGACGUGGUUAUAUCUGUAUCAUCAUUGAAAGGGAAACAGCCAGCAUCAGGUGGUAGUAAGUUCCUCUCGUUACGCGGUACUGUUGACCGAGAUGAUAUUAUCGCGGCGUGCCCGACGGACGUGGACGCCUCCAAAAUGUCAGUUGUAUACUUUGAUUGGUUAGACUACUUAGUUUUUGGGGCUAUGCUGCUCCUUUCAGCAUUAAUUGGCGUAUACUUCGCCUUUUUUGCGCCUAAGAAACAAAACACAACGUCGGAGUAUCUGAUGGGCGGAAAAACCAUGGGCAUGUUCCCCAUCUCUAUGUCCUUGAUAGCCAGCUACGUAUCAGGAAUUUCUCUACUGGGCUUGCCAGCUGAGAUGUAUACAUACGGUACCCAACUCUGGACUAUCGUACUGUCGGAGUGGAUAGUAUCGUUUACUAUCUCCGCUGUGUACUUACCAGUAUUCUACAACUUGCAAAUAACUUCUACUUACGAAUACUUGCGGUUGCGGUUCAAUCAAAACGUCCGGUUACUGGGCUCUAUAAUAUUUAUAAUUAAGAUGCUUCUAUAUAUACCGAUCGUAAUAUACGUACCAGCUUUAGCCUUUAGUCAAGUUACCGGCAUAAAUCUACAUAUGAUAACACCAAUCGUUUGCAUUGUGUGUAUAUUCUACACGACUCUGGGUGGCCUUAAGGCUGUCGUGUGGACUGACGCUUUACAAACAAUACUAAUGUACUUUGGUGUCAUAUUUGUCCUGGUUUACGGAACGUGUCGACUAGGAGGUAUUACAGAAGUAAUAAGAAUCAACCGAGAAGGAGAUCGUCUGGAUUUCUUUAUAAUGGAUAUGGACCCUACGAUUCGUCAUACUUUUUGGACUACAGUGGUUGGAAACUACUUCAGCUGGCUAGCCUCGUGUUCAGUGAACCAAGCCAUGAUACAACGUUGUUUAGCACUUUCCUCAUUACGAAGAGCUAGAAUAACAAUUUUUGUGAUGGCAGCAGGAAUUUUCAUUAUCGUGUCCCUCUGUUGUUAUACUGGUCUUGUCAUAUACGCGACGUUUGCAACCUGUGACCCUCUCAGCACUGGAGCUAUUCGGAAGAGUGAUCAGUUGCUGCCAUACUUUGUGAUGACUAUCACAGGGUCCAUACCAGCGUUGCCGGGAAUCUUCAUGAGUGGAGUAUUUAGCGCUGCUCUAAGUUCAAUGUCAACAGGCUUGAACUCUAUGUGUGGAGUAAUAUUCGAGGAUUUGAUCAGACCAGCAUACAACAAACCCAUAUCAGAGAGGACUGCUAGUUUUAUAAUGAAAAUGAUUGUUAUGAUAAUAGGAGUGAUAUGCGUCGGACUCGUGUUCUUAGUAGAACAUAUGGGAGCUUUGAUACAAGCCGGUAAGAGCUUAGCUGGAAUAACUGCCGGAAGCCUGCUAGGAUUAUUUACCAUGGGACUAUUUUUACCAUGGAUCAAUGCUACUGGUGCUUUAGUUGGCGGUUUAACAUCUACACUGCUAGUUGGAUGGAUUUCGAUUGGUACACAAGCGGCUAUGAUCAAAGGGGAAAUUGUGGUAGUUCCUAAACCAAUAGAUGUGUCUGGGUGUACUGGAAACUACACCUUCUCUUCCUCCUCCAGCCACAAUAUAGAAUUCGAUAGAUCUGGCACAUUCUUCUUGUACAGAGUUAGCUACCUGUACUACACAUUUAUAGGAAUGUUUGUGUGCACAGUUACUGGUGCUAUCGUUUCUUAUUUUACGACGCCCAACGAUCCUACUAUGGUGCAUCGUGAUCUCAUUACACCAGUGAUCCAUCGCUGGUUACCGCCUCAAAGCGUGCAUUGUCGUCGCCCUCGCCUUACACAGCAUGAUAUUGAGCUACAUGCGAGAGAGGUGGAAAGAUUAAGGCUUAACUCUGAAUAUACGAAGUCGAUAGAUGACAACAGUAUCGAGACAGAUUUUCUAACGCAAAGAAACAACAACAAUUUUAGU